CGUGGAAAAGUGGGCGGGGGGUGACUCGCAUGUGCGCUUUGUCAUUGGUGUAAAACAGAGAGCUGCUGUGUUUAUGGGCGUUUAAACCUGCCACCGUUUAUAAAGCCGGGCUUCCAUUGAACAGCCAGUUGGGGUGCCCGCACAGUUUGGUCUUUUCUGCCGUGAAUUUCGCCUUCUGCUCUGAACUUCCUCUCUCCGCCGCUCCCUAAACUACAGGAAUGACGUUAAGCUCAAUUAAGUCUUUCACGCUGGAGCUGGAUGGUCCGGCUGAUGCAGCGUUCACCGGGGGGGAGGUGGUGUCUGGCCAGGUGGUCCUGGACCUCCGCAGGGACACCAGAGUGCACUCCAUGAAGGUGCAGGGCAGAGGGGUGGCCACGGCACAUUGGCUGGAGAACCGUGGCAUGAACUCCGUCUAUAACGACUACACCUCCAAGAUCACCUACUUCAGGAAGAGACAGCAUCUGAUCCGAGCUGGUAGCCUCUGAGUCUCUGAGUCGCUGCAGUUUGCAAAAAGGAAGCCACCUGGGCCAAAUGUGUUGCAUGGAAACCUGGGAGAGAAGUCGCCACAGGCUCACCCAGAUACAUCUGCCUGAUAACAUAAUCCUAACAUUAAACACAAAUCCAUUAGUGCUGAGUCCAAAUAAACACAACUGGUUUACUGAG